AUGAACUGCCACCAAGCAGGGAAAACCGUCAUGGAGAACAAGUCACCAGGUCCCUUGGAACAUCACAUGGGAUCUGUGGAAACUGUAAAAGGAAAUGCUGAUACUUCUGGCAGCUACAAUCAGUUUUACAGAUUUAAGAAAAAUGUUUUCUUCUUUGACAUGGAUCCAUCCUUCAAAGAAAACAAACAGCAAAGCAAUGCUGAUCCAGCUGUUGGUGCAGAGAAACGCUACAUUUCUGGAGACACUGGUACAGAAAGUAUGCCACCAUCUUCUAGGAUCUCUGCUAAAAGUGCAGGAACUGAUCAGCGAUUACAGAACAAGCAAGAUGAGGAUCAGGAAGGUCAUGAACACAUUUCUUUCAAGACCAUGAGGUCCAUCACUGAGGCGUCAAGUUACUCAGAUUUGUUCCUUAAUCCCCUGGAGACACUUCGUCAAAUUAUUCCACCCAACCAACCCAGAAGAGCUUCAUCAGAACUGAGCUUUAAGCAUUUCUCUGAUAGUUUCGAAAAGAGAGUAUACAGGUGUUGUUUAGAGGUCUACCUGAAGUCUUGCCUGCGUCAGUGGAGGGAGAUGAAGCAGAAACGUUCGUCGGAGUCGGCCACCGAGAGUCUUAAAGAACCUACCAGCUCCUCUGCAGAGGGUUGGGCAGAGACAGUUACUGAAAGGCUGUCCUCACAACCCGAUGCUCAUCCGACAAAUGUUAGGUCCAUUCAUAGCUGCUUCAAAAGAUUCACAAACUUGGUGCAGGAAAGACUUUCCCAGCUGUUCAAGAUACGCAUUGUUGUGACCAUCUACCGUUGA